GGUCUUUUGGUCAGAGAUAGAUUAAUUGCACAGAACGGGCGCCUGAGUUGAUAGGUUGACUGAAUGCCUGUUUUUUCGCCCGAAAUGAGAUCUUGAUGCCUACGAUUUGACCCUGGCGUCCACCUGGGUCAGACCACGGUUAGUUGCCGUCCUUAGGCAUAGUGGGCUCCCGACUCCCAAUCAUGAUGUCACCACCAUAUCUCACAAUUUAGUAUAUGUCUGGCUACCUCUGAUUGUAUACUGUCAAUACCACUCACCCAUGUCUCGACCCACAAGAGCCGCAGCCUCAGCUGCGAAGAGGGUGACCCGAAGCAGCCUUUCGGCGGGUGGUAGAGUCAAAAAGGAGGUCAAAGAGGAGGAUUCAGAUACACAUAUCAAGGAAGAACAAGAAUCGCCCCAGAAACCUUCGCGCGCACCCAGAAAGCGAGCCUCAUCCGUCCAGAAUGGAACACCUAAGAAGAAGAUCAAGACCGAGAAGAACACAGGGUUGAUCAGUCCAUCUCCUUCUGACGCCCUUUCCUCGCCUUCUGCUUCUGCCGGGAAAGACACCAAGAACACGAAGACCAAGAAAAAAUCAGCCGCAGACCUGCAGUCCAAGAAGUUGAAAAGCUUCGCCCAAUUUGCCAAUCAAUCUCCAUUCCCCGACUUUCACCAUCCUACGCCCGAGGAAUGCAAGCUCGCACACAGCAUCUUGAAAUCCCUACAUGGCCCGCGAACACGUCCCAAGGAAGUAGUUGCGUCCACGACGAGGGCAGGAUGCGGCGACUCUCCUUCAGUUCUUGACGCGCUAGUGCGCACCAUCCUAUCACAGAAUACAAGCGACACCAACUCAACUCGAGCCAAGCUAAGCAUGGACAAGAUCUACGGCGGGAGUGAUAAGUGGGACGCCAUCGUGGAGGGUGGUCAAGCCAAACUGCAAGAGGCGAUAAAGAGUGGCGGUCUGAGCGUCGUGAAGAGCAAGGUGAUCAUCAGCAUACUGAACCAAGCACAUGAAAAGUACGGCAAGUACUCGCUGGACCAUCUGCACCAGGCAUCGAGCGAGGACGCGAUGCGCGAGAUGUUGUCCUUCCAAGGUGUCGGGCCAAAGACAGCGAGUUGUGUGUUACUGUUCUGUCUCCAGCGUGAGAGCUUCGCCGUCGACACGCAUGUCUGGCGUAUCACAGGGCUGUUGGGCUGGCGGCCGAAAAAUGCGAGCCGCGACGAGACCUACGCGCAUUUGGAUGUCAUGAUACCUGACGAGGAUAAGUACGGAUUGCAUAUAUUGCUUGUGACGCAUGGCAAAAGAUGCGAGGAGUGUAAGGCUGGUGGGAAGAACCUUGGAAAAUGUGAGUUGAGGAAAGCGUUCAGAUCGGCCAAGAUCAAGGGUGAAGCCGGUGAAGAUGUUAAAAUGGAGGAGAUGGAGGAGGUCGAGCAUGAAGAGGUGAUCAAACAAGAGGAAGACACGCCAAAGAAAAAGAAACAGAAGAAAUAAGUGUAGGAUUCUGGCCACGUGGUGCUCGUAUACUAGGAUCGCAACUUUUGUAUCAUAUGCGCUGUAAGUUAUUGACCUGUAAAACCAUAAAUCUAUCUUGUACCCAACACUGGUGG